AUGUUGGCCAACAAAGUCUCAAGGCAGAAGCCCUGCCACCACUGCAGCCACAGGCCAGCUUCAGCUGCACCAGACACUUCCACAAUCCACUAUGAAAAGUCCUGGCUGUACCGUCACUGCUCUUCACUGGUGCAAGGGGACAGGCAGUCGCAGAAAGCUGGGCAGCUCUUCUCAGGGUUGCUGGCCAUGAAUGUGGUGUUUCUGGGCAGCGCCUUCCUCAGCAGCAUGAUUUUCAAUCAUGUGACCAUCACACUGGCAGAUGUCUGGAUUCUGCUCUCCAUCCUCAAGGUCUUGUGCCUGUGCUGGAUUAUUUACUACUUGCUGGGCACGAGACGGCAACCACAUGCAAUGCUGCAUCAGGACUCCCACGCCGGGCCGAUCUGGCUUAGGGGAUCACUACUGCUGUUCGGUGUUUUCAGCGUCCUCCUGAAUGUGUUUGAGAUUGGCUACAGCGUAGUUCACAUCCAGUGCAAAUCCCACGUGCAGCUUGUGUUCCCGUGCAUCGAAAUCCUUUUUGUUAGCACCCAGGCUCUUUUCCUGUGGCAUCACUCUAAGGACUGCAUUCAAGUCCAGCACAACCUCACCAGAUGCGGGCUGAUGCUGACCAUAGCCACCAACCUCCUCCUCUGGCUCUUGGCAGUGACCAACGACUCCAUCCACAAGGAAAUUGAGUCUCAGCUACGUGACGUGGAGCAGCGAUUUGUAGGUAAUGAGACCAUCUCAUGCACAUGCCCAAACACAACUGCCUGUGAGGUCUUCCAGAAGGGCUACAUCCUGCUCUACCCUUUCAACACUGAGUACUGCCUUGUCUGCUGCUCCAUGCUGUACGUCAUGUGGAAGAACGUGGGGAGACGCAUCAGCCACCACCAUGCCUCUCACAUUAAGCCCAAAUUCAAGCUCCAGGGUGUGGUCUUUGGACCACUACUUGGUGCUGCUGCUGUGAUCAUUGGGAUCUGUGUCUUCAUGAUGUACCAGAUCCAGGCCACUGGCUCAGCACCCAAUCGCCAGAUCUUCUUGAUGUAUUACUCCUACUACAUUGUGCUCCUGCCGCUGAUGAGUGUUGCUGCAGUGAUUGGGACAAGUAUCCACGCCUUGGAAAAAAGGGACCUGGACACGCUGAAGAACCCAACCCGCAGCUUGGAUGUGGUCCUGCUGAUGGGGGCAGCCCUUGGCCAAAUAGCCAUGUCCUACUUCUCCAUUGUCGCCAUUGUGGCCACCAACCCCAGGGACCUGUUGAAUAGCCUCAUCCUGUCCUACUCCGUCCUCCUCAUCUUUCAGCACAUCACCCAAAACAUCUUCAUUAUUGAUGGGCUCCACAGGCAGCCGUUUGUUGAGGCAACUGAGGCCAGACACACUGGACACACUGGGCAGCACGUAGUGGGUUCAGAGCUCCCCUGUGGAGAAACAGCCACAUCAAACAGCAAACAGGAGUACACACAGCCUCCUCUCAAUAAAGAAGAAGAGUUGAAAGAAGAGAGGAAUCAUGAAGCCCAAAACCAGAGACGAGUGAGUGUGCUGGAGCUGGGACAGGAGAUCCAGAGAGUUUCUCUGUCAUACAUCCAUACUUACUCUCAUCUGAGCUGGAAGAGGAAAGCAUUAAGAGAGAUCUCAUUCUUCUUGGUUUUGUGCAACAUCAUACUAUGGAUCAUGCCCACAUUUGGGGCUCACCCUGCGUUUGAGAACGGACUGGAGAAGUCAUUUUAUGGCUAUUCCACCUGGUUUGCCAUCGUGAAUUUCGGCCUCCCAUUAGGUGUGUUCUACCGGAUGCACUCUGUUGGGGGACUCCUGGAGGUCUAUGUCUCAGCCUGA